AUGAAGGACGCGGGCGGAGGGGCCAUACAGGGUCAGGAGCGCAUGCUCCUAAUACCGUUGAAAAUGGCCUUUUGCGCCAACAUUCCAAUCGUCCACUUGGCCAAAUGCAUGCCAGCACCUCCGUGUUCGUAAGUACGUAGUGGAUCUUAACGAAAAGGGUGCUGCGUAUUUACAAACCAGUAGAUGUGGUGGAUGUGCCAAGUGUGGUGCAAAGGAUAAGCGGUCCAGGUCUUUCGAGUUGUUAAUUUCAUCUGAAGCGGUUUGCAGUUUUAUGGCAUUCGCUUGCCCGUUUUUAGUUCCAUUGGGACCUUUAUCAGCAGUUUUGCUUGUUUAUCGUCAGCAGACGCUCUCCUUAGCGACCUGGUUUGAUUCAAAUGGGGUUUUGGCGUUUACUCUAGAGAUUCCCUGACAUCCAACUGUGCCAUCUUUAUCGCCUACUGGCUAUUUUCCAAGUUCAGUUUACUCGCGUAUGUCGCAAUUCUCCUAGGGCACCUUCCUAUCUAUUUCUGAGCAGCAGCCCCAGGCGUAUUCGGGGAGUGCUGAUGCUCCCCACUCUCAUACAUCACAAAAACUUCGAAUCUUUUAACCAGGCUGACUGAAACCACUUACGGCUGAGCGGCCAAGAGCCCCCGUGGAAAGCCGUUCACCGAUGAAGUUGGGAGGCGCGUUCGUUCCGUUGUGCCUUGGGGCUCAGGCUAGGGUCCUCUCAGACGGUCGCAUAGCAACCCGCAAAGAUGCAGGAAGGAGGACCGAAAAACACAAGGGAAACGGGGAUGAUCAUAUCUGACUCGUUGGUUGUCGUCAGCCAGUUGCACCGAGGUCCGAGUUUGGGUAAUCCGGGAUCCGAUCUCAGACUCUGUUAUCAUUGGGUGCUGGGUCCAAUGCUCUACCACCGAGCUCCGAGCUCGCUGUUCCGUCGACUGGAGUUAUUUCAGCGCGUUAAACUACCACCAGCGUAAAUGAUUCAGCGAGGGUUCUUGACCAACCCCACCCCCCCCCCCUUCAUUUACAUUAUGCUCAGAGUUGAUUCAUAGGUUAUGCCAGGGAUUCAUGCCACUAGAUCAAGUUUUCCAAAACCGAAUCCCAAAGAAUGAAUUCUCACGAAACAUUUCAUUUUACUCCCCCGCGGAGUAAUUCCUCCAAAGGGGGUCAAGGCUAAAUAAGUACUCUAAAAAGAUGUGAAAAGAUCUGCAGAGUUGUCUUCUAAGGCCACGAAAUGAUGAGGAUUUGUUAACCGUAUGACACCCAACUCUUUAAUUUGAGGAAACGACAACCCUAACUUAGCAAGCAAUGUAGGAAAAACCAUGUACUUCUCCAUUCUAUGAGACUGCCUAGAUCAAUUAUUUCGGUAUAUGUGGCAGGUUUAGGAUCUUCGGAGAGCAGACUAUUCAAGUUCUCUCUGCCAUACCUUUAAAGGUAACACAAGUUCUAGUUUGGCGACAUUUUCGUCUGCCAAUUUUAUUUAAUAAAUACUCUUUGAUGAUUCAAACGGUAGUUUCCUUACUGAUUUGCCAAAGACAUAAGAAGUUUCUAAAUGUAAGCAAUUCUGUCGCCUAGAAGUUCAGGCUUAUAAUCAGACAAGCAAGUGCCGAAAACUGCACUUUCACUGGUCUACUAUAGCAUUAAUUUGCAGGCGUUCAGCGUAAAUUCAAGAAUACAAAGUCAAGUAACACCGAAGUAACCCCUCCAUCCUCAAAUGGAUGCUCCAUUUUAUAAAAAUUAGCGUUGAUCACUUCGGCCUUUUUUGUAAUCGGUAGACAUUUUGAGCAGUACAUACAUUUUUCUAAAGCUCAAUUCUAACUCCUAGGGGGAGGAGGGGGGAGAAGGUGGAGGAGGAGGAUAAGGAGGAGGAUAAGGAGGAGGAGGAGGAGGAG